AUGGAGAACUAUACGGUGGGAGGAGAAGGUAUCCUUCUGAACUGCAGCAUGUCUGGGAGGCACAACUUCAUCUUCACCCUGAUCCCGGUAGUGUACGGCUGUAACUUUGUCAUCGGCAUGGUGGGGAACAGCAUGGUGGUGGCGGUCAUCUACCGUUACAUGAAGCUGAAGACAGUGGCUAUACGCCCGUAUCACCUGCGUCCUGGUUUGGCUCUUCGCCCUCCUGCUGUCCGUCCCCACGGCCCUGACCAGAGACCUGAUGCACAUCACCAACUACAACAUCACGACGUGUGGCGUACUGCACCCUGAGG